AUGUUUAUUGUUGAAACCGUUGAAGAACGAAUUGCGAAGGCGAGUCUGCAGAGACGUCGCGAUGAAGAGGCCAAAAGAAGGGAGAGGAUCUUUAACGACAAAUUCAGGAUCACUGGAGUUGACAAGGAAGCUCUGGACAUGCAGGUGGAAGAGAAGAAGAAACUAAAAGAGGCAGAAGAAGAGAAACAAAAGGUUCAAGAUGCUGAAACGCUCCAUAAUAGCAAAGUAGCUUGCAUUCUCCAACACAAAGAGGAGAAGAAUAAGCGUGCCGUGCAAAUGGACCUCGUCAGCUCCUGGCAGCAGCACCAGCAGCCUCGGAGCCAGCAGGAGUUUGACCUGAACGACACCGACCCCAGUGGAGAAACACGAAUGAUGCCUCCUGGUCUUAUGGGUGAAGACCCAGAGUUUAAGAACAGGUUGCAGAGGCAGCAGGAGCAGAUCAGACAGUGGAGCGACCAGCAGCAGAGCGAGCGGGCGACAGAGAGGAACCAGCAAACACUAGAAAAGCUGCUCUACGAUCAGAAGAGAGUCGAGAUGGACAACAGAGCUCUGCAGCUUCAGAGCCUGGAGAUGGAGAGGAGCAGGGCAGAAGCCGUUGCCACUAAAGAGUUCAAUCUGGCCAAGAUUGAAGAGAAGCGCCGUCAGCAAAGUUAUGAUGACGACAACAGAGGUCUGGAUAUCAAUCCUGCCCUGGGCAGGUGGGGAGUACCUGGUCUGUGUCCAGGCUCUGAUCUGAGAGGCCCUACAGAGACACUGGAGCAGGUCCUCCAGUUCCAGAGAAAGCAAAUAGAGGAGAAAAAGAGGACUGAAUUAGAGAACAAGCGAGAGGAGGAGCAACACGAUCGUGUUCGCCUGGCCUCUGCUCGCUCUGCUCUGCUAUUAGAGAGGAAGCAGGUGAAACUGAGCAAGCAGAUGAGUCAACACAUGGAGAGCACCAACCUCCAACUGGCCGAACUACACAGACAACAGUCAGUAACAUUUAGAAAACACUUCAUCUUUAAACUUCACACAGAGUGCACCGUCUCACUGUGUCUCUAA